GUAGACUGAUAGGGAAAUAAAGAGAGUCACACAUGGAUGGGUGUGUAGGGGCAAACAGAGCGGGUGCAGGUUGUUGACAGUCAGUAAAAGAGUUGCAACUGAGAGCAGCAGAAUAAUGGAGCCGCAGGAGAUUAGAGAGGGAUACUUGGUGAAAAAGGGCUCAAUGCUGAACUCCUGGAAAGCAGUCUGGGUGGUGUUGUCAGAUGAUGCCAUUGAAUUCUAUAAAAAGAAAACGGACCGUUCACCGAAAGGAAUGAUUCCACUCAAGGGCUCCACACUUGUGAGUCCCUGCCAGGAUUUUCCCAAAAGAACGUUGGUUUUCAAGCUCACCACCGAGAAGAAGCACGAUCACUUCUUCCAAGCCUCACAUGUGGAGGAGAGAGAGUGUUGGGUCAAGGACAUCAAGAGAGCCAUCGCCUGCCUUCAGGGAGGGAACAGGAAGUCCACCAGGCGUUCCAUUCGCCUGGCUGAAACCAUAAACCUGACGGAACUGUACACACUAAUGAGGGAUCAAGACGACGGCGUUAAAGAACUGAAAGUCAGGCAGGAGAAUCGGAUUUUCAACUAUUGCUUCAGUGGCGCAACAGUGGCAGAGUGGCUGGUUUCAAAGGAGAAAGCAAGAAACCGGCCUGAGGCCCUGGUGUUAGCAGCAGGACUCCUAAAUGAGGGUUUCCUUCUACCUACGGGCGACCUGGCAAAGGAUGCAGCAGAGUCUGCAGAUCAAACUGUUUUCUCAGACGACCCGGACGCUCUUUACUACUUUGCAGACUCUGGGUUUUUCUGCGAGGGAAACUCCAGUGAUGAAGACGUGCUUUUGAAGGAAGAAUUUCGAGGAAAUAUCAUGAAACAGGGCUGUUUGCUCAAACAGGGACACAGGAGGAAAAACUGGAAGGUGCGAAAGUUCAUACUGAGAGAUAGCCCUGCUUAUAUGCAUUACUAUGACCCCACAAAGGGUGAUGAACCUCUGGGUUCCAUCUAUCUCCGAGGCUGUGUGGUGACCGCUGUGGAGUUUGUUCCCGACGCCAAAAGGUACGACGUUAAUGGAAACCUCUUUGAGGUCAUCACAUCCGAUGAGGUUCACUACUUCCUCCAGGCUGCAACAGCGGAGGAGAGAAAGGAGUGGAUCAAAGCAAUCCAGGAAGUGUCAAAAUGAGUGACUGGAACGGCAGCAGUCGGCGUCAGACCAACCGUACGUUUAACAGACUUUCUGCGACUAUGUGAAUGAACAUAUAUUAUAGUAUUGUUGUGUGAAGUGAAAACUCUAUUUAACCAAUCAAUGAUGUUGUUUCAUAGAACUGAUCUCAUGUGAAAUUAUUUGAUUACAAAAAAAACGAUGACAUAUAUGAAUCACCAGGAUGAAUGGUUCAAUGCUAUGGAGAUAAUAACAAGAUACUAUUUAAAAGUAUUUCAAUUUUGAAUUUUUUUUUCAUAAUAAUUUUCUAAAAGCCACAAACAAGUCUCACCGAUUAAUUAAAUUAAAACUUUGUACAAGUGUAAUUCUUUUCUUGUUCUGCAUUCUCAUAGUCUACUUUUUAUCUUUGUACCACAAACACAGCAACACAUCUGUUUCGUAAAAGACAA